AUGAAAACAGACAUAAACAAGAAACUCCUCAAAUUAGUCUCAACAGAGGUUCUUCUUCAGCUGGGCUUUGAAAGAUCCACAGAGCAAGCAUUGAACAUUAUAACUGAGAUUUUUAGUUUCUAUCUUGAGUCACUGAUCAAGAAGGCAAUUUCAGUCCAAAAGUCUGAUGGCAAAGACGAUAGUAAUGAAGGCAGUGCUAACACAUCUCAUCUGGACUGCAGAUACCUAAUUGAGGACACAUACCAUGAAGAGCAAUAUCAAAUAAAGGAGCUAGUCAAGUUUAUGGAGCAGCAAAUAGCUUUAAAAACCCAAUUAACAAAUAGGCAUGAUGUAGAAUGCGAAGAGUCGCUUUUUCAUGCCCUGAGACUCCUUCCGAAGGGAGCAUCCCUCAGAAGCGUAUUUAAAAAUACUCGAGGAGCAACACUUGAAGAAAAAAAAACCGGGAGAUAA